AGCCACGCCUCCUGUCACCAUCUUGAAACGUGAUUGGUUGAACACGUGUUGACAAAUCGUGGAUUAUCAAAGUCGCUUCACGUUAGCUCGCUGGCUAACUGUUACGGCUACUGAAAUGAGAAACACACGAAGAGGGCUCAGCCGCUGUCAGACAGUGUCUGACAGUGUCGACCUGUGAGAAAGACGGCAUUAAUAUCACCACAAACCAGACAUGGCAGCUGACAGCAGAGGGAGGGUCAACGUGAUGAUUGAGGUACCGGAAAGAAGCAGCAGCUUCAACUUUUCGUCUGAGGAGCUGGACUUCUCUGCUUUCUCCUCCACCAUGUCCUUAGACAGGCUCUUCCCGGCUCUCCUGGAGUGCUUUGGGAUAAUUUUGUGCGGGUACAUCGCAGGGAGGACAAACAUUAUCACGUCCACCCAGGCUAAAGGAUUGGGGAGUUUUGUUUCCAAGUUUGCUCUCCCAGCACUGCUGUUCAAGAACAUGGUGCUGCUGGACUUUGGUAAUGUCAUCUGGCCGUUUCUCUGGAGCGUCCUCAUCGCCAAAGUGUGUGUGUUCUUCCUCGUUUGCGUCCUCACACUGAUAGUAGCCAGUCCUGACGGUCGCUACAGUAAGGCUGGGCUCUACUCAAUUUUUGCCACUCAGAGCAAUGACUUUGCUUUGGGAUAUCCUAUAGUUGAAGCCCUGUACCAGAGUACAUAUCCAGAGUACCUCCAGUAUAUCUACCUGGUGGCCCCUGUCUCCCUGAUGUUUCUAAACCCCAUCGGUUUCGCCCUUUGUGAGAUCCAGAAAUGGAAGGAUCAGGGGAACCAUCAACAGAGCAAAGCAGUGAUUGUGGGGGUUGUAGUUUUACAGGUCCUAAAGAACCCCAUAGUAUUUAUGGUUGUAAUCGGCAUCAUUGCCCACUUUGUGCUGCACCAAACAGUUCCUGUCUUCAUGGCUGAGUUUGUGGAUGGCUUGGCCAACGCUUUCGGGGGAGCUGCUCUGUUCUACCUGGGCCUGUCCAUGGUGGGCCAUUUGGGGAAAUUAACCAGAUCCACAGUUGUGACACUGAUAUUACUUAUUACGGCAAAACUGUUGCUGAUGCCGCUGAUUUGUAAGGACAUGGUGGAUCUGUUGGACACACGCAACACCAGUGAUUUGAACCGCUCAAGCCUCUCCAAUUACGCCUUUUUGUACGGAGUGUUUCCCACUGCACCGAGCGUGGCCAUCUAUGCUAUUUAUUAUAAUUCAGAGCUAGAAGUUGUAACCGCUGGGAUGGUGAUCAGCACUUUUCUCUCAGCUCCAAUAAUGUAUAUUUCUGCCUGGUUACUCACAAUCCCUUGGACGGAUCCUCAGCACUUAAUGAAUUCACUGCAGAAUGUCAGUUUUAACAUAAGCAUCGUGAGCUUAGUUGCACUGGUGUGGACUAUUGCUGUCAUGUUUUUAAGUAAGAAAUUCAAACAGCUGCCUCACUUGUUUACAGUUAACCUUUUCUUGGCACAGGUUCUGACAUGCGUCGGGAUGAUCUUGUGGAACUUUGUAGUGAAAGAAAACAACUUCAUUGGUCAGGUCCUGACUUUCACAUUAUUAUAUACCUCACUCUACAGUACUUUUAUUUGGCCAGGUUUAAUAGCACUCUCGCUUGUGCUCUUGAAAAAGUCUGAGGAUUUGAAAGUUUCACCAGGCGUGUUGGUCAUUGCAGGCUGGGGGAUUCCAGCUUUAGUAACUGGCGUUUUGCUCAUCUCUGGGCAAAAAACGUUUGGUGUUAUUGAUGCAGAUUUCUUUUAUGGCAGAGGACAGAUAAUCUGCACCACAGUUCUAGUUGCCUUCAGCAUACUCCUGAGCGGAGGCUCUCUUGUGUGUCUCAGUAGAGGAAGCUGGGCCCAAAAUGUCCAAACCCAAGAGGCAAACUCAUUUGACACUCCAGAGGAUCCUUUGACUGAUGAUGAACCUGAAAACCAGACCAUGUUUGAGAGAGUCACCCCGCCAAGAGACCAAGCAUGCCUCAUAUGUGAUUGUGCACCACCCCAGCUGCUGCCUGACAUGAUCAUCAGUGCAGAUAGGAGCAACACACCAACCACAUAUGCAGGUCAGUGUGAGAAUAGGUGUGAGUCCACAGACUGCCUCCUUGCCCAAGUGGAGGAGCUUCAACAGGUUGCAGACAGACAAGUGGUCCGCCAUGUGCUCAUGUGUCUGCUUCUGACUGUCAGCCUGCUUGCUAAUUUGUCCAGCUGCCUGUGGCUGCUCUUUAACCACGACCCUGGUAGACUCUACUUGGAGCUGCUGUUCUUUUGUGCUGUGGUCAACUAUGGUCAGGGGCUUCUCUCCUUUGCUCUUUUUGGGCUGGACAAACAUUUGAUUUUGCUGCCAUUUAAGAAGAGAAUAUACAGUCUGUGGUAUGGAAAGCAAGAAGAGCAGCCACAGACUGAUUUACCUGAAGAGAUCAGGAUGACCUGCACCCAGUUCACCAAAUACCACAAGCAGCAGUGUUUUCAUGACAUUGUUAAAAAGAGAAGGUGUGGAAAGAAGACUGUGGUGGACUGUUUUCUAGGCUGUGAACUUGUUGAGUGGCUUCUGCAGGUUGGCUUGGCUCAGGACCGUGGUGAGGCAGUGCUCUAUGGGACGCGGUUACAACAGGGUGGUGUGCUCCAGCACAUCAAGCAGGAAUACAGCUUCCAAGAUAGUCCACUGUAUUAUCGCUUCAUGGCAUAAGAUGCAUGUGUCAAAGAUAAGAUUUCUUUUAGCCUAAAAGUAUAUGGCAUUUCAGUUCAAACAGGAAAUUCUGAUCUGCACACACCCUGUACAUUAAGACACUUAACAAUGCACUGUUAUUACAUGCACCAUCACAAAAGAGUGAUGAGAAAAGGGCACACCUGAUGAUGAUGUGAGAAAUGUUCAGAAAGUGCAGCACACUUUCAUACAAAAAUGGCAGCUGUGUGCAGUUGGGAAGCAGCAGCAGUAAUUAUAACCACCUCAGUUUUUAUAUCCAACAUUUUAAGCUCAUUUCUGAGGUGUGGAGUUGCAGCUGAAACUUGAGUUGCUAAAACUUGAACAUGAGCCAUAAAUAAAUUACAAGCCACGUAAAAAUCUGUUACUGGGAGGUGACUCUGAAAGUGGGCACACCCUGAAAGCAGUAGAAAUAAUUCCUCACUGUGAAAACCUGUGACCCACCUACUGUUCAAUACAGCACAUUACAGCACAAUCAGCAGGUCUGUCUUCAGAUUACAAUGGGUGUUUACAAGAGAGACUAGGUUUUUUCUAAAGAUAUGUCAGUGUAUGCAGUCUGUCACACUGGAUUAAAUUGGAAUUAUAAAUUUAAAGGGAUGAAACUUCCAAAAGUAAAUUUUUUGUUUUUGUGUUGUUUUUUUUAAUGAUACAUUUGCUUUGACUUUGUGUUUAAUGCCAUUCUGUGAAUGAUGAAGGAUAAAAAAAAGUGUUCAUUUGAGAAAAGGUCACUGCUCUGCUUAAUCCAGUAGAUUAUGUACUGGUACACCUUUGUGUGUUUCAUCACUCUUCAAUUAAAAACCACUAACCAAAAGAAUAAAGGGAAGAAGAGGUCACAUUUGACCAGUUACUUAAUUGUUAAUAUAGCAUGAAGCAUAUUGCUUUGUAAACCUGCACUUGAAAAGGCCUUGGCAUUGAUGUACAACAGUGUUUAUACAGUUUUAACCAACUGUAGCAGCUGGCCAGUUUGAUUUACUUUCUUCAUGUUUAAAUCACCAUAUUAAGAGUCUGCUUUUGUUUUUCCAUUUGAUUAAAAAAAAAACACAUCCAUCCAUUUUCUCUCGAUUAUCCGGGGCUGGGUAGUGGGGGCAGCAGCCUCAGCAGAGAAGCCCUCAUGGAGUUCCCAGGCCAGCCGAGAGAUAUCUCCCCAGUGUGUCUUGGGUCUGCCCCGGGGUCUCCUCCCAGUAGGACAUGCCCGGAGCACCUCACCCAAGUGCACCUAGGAGGCAUAGUCAGAUGCCCGAACCACCCUUUCAAUGUGGAGGAGCAGCGGCUCUACUCUGAGCACCUCCCGAAUGGCUGCACUCUUCACCCAAUCUCUAAGGAAGAGGCCAGCCACCCUUU